AUGGCAUGGGGAUGGCAGUUGUGGCUCUCCCCGCGCCCUCCUCGUUCGGUAAUCGCUUCCGAUUCUUAUAUAAUGUCCCCUUACGAUGGGGCUCGUUUUGAAUUCUUCAAAGAUGAGCAGGGCCAAUGGGCUGUGAGAGAAAUACACUACAUCGAUAAUCCAUGGGUUAAAGAUGGGCAUUCAGGUCCACCAUUGCAUAUUCACUGGAAACAGACGGAGUAUUUUCAAGUGGAGCAAGGCGUAAUUGGCAUACACAAAAAUGGAAAACAGCUCAAAAUCACGAAGGAUGACGGUAUUGUGACAGUACCUGCAGGCACCCGGCACAAGUUUUGGUCCCAUGAAAGCAAUCAAGAAGACCUAAUUUUCAAAGUUUGGGCCGAGCCUCAAGGGCUGGACAAUAGCUUUGAUGAGAAGUUCAUACGCAACUUGAUAGGAUAUCAGCGGGACUGUUACAAAGCGAACAUGCAGCCUUCUAUCUUCCAACUCGCUCUCAUCUCGUACGAUAGUGCUACAUUGGCCACACCGCCUUUUUGGGUGCCCAUCUGGCUGCUCAGUGUAGUGCAAUAUGUCAUGGCUUACUGGGUAGGGGGCUGUUUGUUAGGCCCCAAAGUUGGAGGAGCCUCUGAAUAG